UUGUAAUUAACGACCAGACCAGACACCAUCAGGGUCUCUCUCUCUCUCUCUCUCAGUUUGGGAGACCUCCAACACCCCCAAUGCUCUUUGUCUGAAAAACCAGAGCUUUCCCCUUCUUUUCAAAGCUCUCAUUUUUUUCCUUCUUUUUUCAUUAGACCAACGAAAAGACCAUCUUUUUUCUUAAUCUAUAACUUACCCUUUAUUUGUAUUGGUUCAUUAAACUUGGACUAACUCAGUCUUAUUCUUAAACUACGCCCCUUUUUUUUUCUUAUCCUACACUCAUCUUUACCUUUUUUUUUCUUUUUUCUUUUUGGGUGUUUUUUGGCAUCAUCUAUGCUGUUUUAGUUUGGGGCAGAGUUGGUUGCUCCAAAAAAAGCGUGAGAAUAUAGUAUUUGCCUAGAUGGCCUGGACUGAGAAAGAUGUGAAUGGGAGAGAGAAGGACCUGAUUGCCGAAAAUGGUUUCUUAAAAGAUCGACAAUCUUCUCCUGGUCCGAGUACUUCAACAGUUGAUGUGAUUCCACCGCCAAAGGCAUUUGAAGGGAAAGAUGCUCUUUCUUAUGCUAACAUUCUUCGGUCCAGGAACAAGUUUGUCGAUGCUCUUGCAAUAUAUAAUAGUGUCUUGGAGAAAGAUAGUGGGUGUGUUGAAGCUUACAUUGGAAAAGGAAUAUGCCUUCAGAUGCAGAACAUGGGAAGGCCUGCAUUUGAGAGCUUUGCUGAAGCCAUUAAGUUGGAUCCUCAGAAUGCUUGUGCUCUCACUCACUGUGGUAUAUUAUACAAAGAUGAAGGUCGUCUGGUAGAUGCUGCUGAGUCUUAUCAAAAAGCUCUGAAAGCAGACGCUUCAUACAAACCAGCUGCGGAAUGCCUAGCCAUUGUUCUAACUGACCUCGGUACCAGCUUGAAGCUUGCUGGCAAUACACAGGAGGGAAUUCAGAAGUAUUAUGAAGCUCUUAAAAUUGAUCCACACUAUGCUCCUGCCUACUAUAACCUUGGUGUUGUCUAUUCUGAGAUGAUGCAAUAUGAUACUGCCCUUAGCUGCUAUGAGAAAGCUGCACUGGAGAGACCUAUGUAUGCUGAAGCAUAUUGCAACAUGGGUGUCAUUUAUAAAAACCGUGGUGACUUAGAAUCUGCCAUUGCCUGUUAUGAGAGGUGUCUAGCUGUGUCCCCUAACUUUGAGAUUGCGAAAAAUAAUAUGGCCAUUGCCUUGACAGAUUUGGGAACAAAGGUUAAGCUGGAGGGGGACAUUAACCAGGGCGUGGCAUAUUACAAGAAGGCUUUGUAUUAUAAUUGGCACUAUGCAGAUGCUAUGUAUAAUCUUGGGGUUGCUUAUGGUGAAAUGUUGAAGUUCGAUAUGGCAGUUGUGUUCUAUGAACUUGCUUUCCACUUCAACCCCCAUUGUGCAGAGGCAUGUAACAAUUUAGGAGUAAUAUACAAAGAUAGAGACAACCUUGAUAAAGCCGUAGAGUGUUAUCAGCUGGCAUUGUCAAUCAAACCAAACUUCUCACAGUCAUUGAACAACCUUGGUGUUGUCUACACAGUUCAGGGUAAAAUGGAUGCUGCUGCUAGCAUGAUCGAGAAAGCUAUCAUUGCCAAUCCCACUUACGCAGAAGCAUAUAACAAUUUAGGGGUUCUUUACAGAGAUGCUGGCAAUAUAACCAUGGCUGUUACUGCUUAUGAGCAAUGCCUUAAGAUAGAUCCUGAUUCUCGUAAUGCAGGACAGAACCGGCUGCUAGCAAUGAACUACAUAAAUGAAGGAGAUGAUGAUAAACUUUUUGAGGCUCACAGGGAUUGGGGAAGGCGAUUUAUGAGGUUAUAUCCACAAUACGAUUCGUGGGACAACCCUAAAGAUCCAGAACGGCCUCUUGUGAUUGGAUACAUUUCUCCAGAUUAUUUUACACAUUCUGUGUCUUAUUUCAUUGAAGCCCCUCUUAUUUAUCAUGACUAUGGGAAAUACCAGGUGGUUGUUUAUUCAGCAGUGGUAAAGGCUGAUGCAAAAACUAAUAGAUUUAGGGAAAGAGUCGUUAAAAAGGGUGGGCUAUGGAGAGAUAUAUAUGGUAUUGAUGAAAAAAAGGUUGCAAGCAUGAUUAGAGACGAUAAAAUCGACAUUUUGGUAGAGCUUACUGGUCAUACAGCCAACAACAAAUUGGGAACAAUGGCAUGUCGACCGGCACCUGUUCAGGUGACUUGGAUUGGCUAUCCCAAUACUACUGGUUUGCCUACAAUUGAUUACCGAAUAACUGAUUCACUUGCAGAUCCUCCUGGUACAAAGCAGAAGCAUGUUGAGGAGUUAGUUCGACUUCCAGAAUGCUUCCUUUGUUAUACUCCUUCCUCAGAGGCUGGACUUGUUUCACCAACUCCUGCUCUUUCCAAUGGCUUCAUUACAUUCGGUAGCUUUAAUAACCUGGCAAAGAUAACACCCAAGGUAUUGCAAGUUUGGGCGAGGAUAUUAUGUGCUGUUCCAAACUCCCGUCUUGUGGUAAAAUGCAAGCCAUUUUGUUGUGACAGUGUUAGGCAGAAAUUUCUUACAACAUUGGAGCAGCUGGGUUUAGAAUCUCUCCGUGUUGAUCUCCUCCCUCUUAUUCUCCUGAAUCAUGAUCAUAUGCAAGCUUAUUCUCUUAUGGACAUCAGUUUGGACACUUUUCCAUAUGCUGGAACAACAACGACCUGUGAAUCUCUAUACAUGGGAGUGCCAUGUGUUACCAUGGCUGGUUCAGUACAUGCUCAUAAUGUUGGUGUCAGUCUUCUCAGCAAAGUUGGGUUAGGACAUUUGAUAGCAAAAAAUGAAGAUGAAUAUGUGCAGUUGGCACUCCAACUGGCCUCGGACGUCACUGCUCUCCAGAACCUGAGAGCAAGUCUUCGAGACCUUAUGUCUAAGUCACCUGUUUGUGAUGGACAGAACUUCAUCAGUGGUUUGGAGGCAACAUAUCGGGGCAUGUGGCGCAGGUACUGCAAGGGUGAUGUCCCAUCUUCACGGUAUAUGGAAAUGCUAAAGAAAGAGGGUGUUCCUGAAGGGGUAACUAACGAAACAUCCAAACCAGAAAGGGUAACUAUGUCAAAAGACACCUCUUCUGUUUCAGUCGAGUCUAAUGGAUUUAAUCAGGCUCCAUUGUCUACGCCGAAUCUCACCACUAGUGAAGACAACGAGAACCAGUCGAGCCAGACUACAAAUUCUGGUAAGCUGAGCUGACAUCUUAAUUUUUGGUUCAUAUCACUUUCGUGGUUCCUUAAACUUGGAUCCAAAGUCAUUAGCAUUCCGGGGGACAAUCCUCCCAUAAGGUACAACUAUCGAGAUCAUAUCCGCAAAAGACUAGUGGAUAGAGCUAUAGGUUGCAACUCCAUAUUACCAUCAAAUAGUAUUCCAAUUUUUUUGGGAGAAAGAGCGGUGGCUAACGUCAGUAAAAUAUGAUUUGAAGAAUAGCGGAUUAAGAAGAAAUGAUGCUAUCAGCUACCUAAAUCGAUACCCCGAAUUGCCUUUGCAUUUCUCCCCCAUGAACUAAAGGAACUCUUAGAGAUUCAGCCCUGGUUUGUAAAUUAUACGAGGACGGUUUUAGUUUUUGGAUUAGCAUGCAUGGCUUCUGUUUUUAGUAAUUGUGAUAGUGGCAUUGUUGGUUGGCUUGAUUGCUAGAAGGUGGUGUUAUAGUUUUCAUGUAUUAAUGUCAUUUUAAGAAUCCUGAAAUUUGAUGAAAUGGAACAACUUAAUCUUUAGGCA